GCAGCAUCUGUACCAAGUCGUAAAGGUUGAGCCACAUUUAACGGGUUUUGCUUAGAAAUAAGGAAAAAUAGACCGGCUAUCAUCAUGUAUGGCUUUGUGAAUCACGCCUUGGAGCUCCUCGUUUUAAGGAAUUACGGUCCGGAAGUGUGGGAAGAGAUCAAGAAGGAGGCUCAGCUCGAUAUUGAGGGCCAGUUCCUUGUUAGAAUCAUAUAUGAAGAUGGCAAAACAUACGACCUUGUUGCUGCUGCAAGUAAAGUUCUCAAGAUCGAUGCAGGAGACAUCUUGCAGAUGUUUGGGAAGAUGUUUUUUGAAUUUUGCCAAGAAUCGGGAUAUGACACCAUUUUGCGAGUGUUAGGAUCAAAUGUUCGUGAAUUCCUGCAGAAUUUGGAUGCUUUACAUGACCACUUGGGUACCAUUUAUCCUGGGAUGAGGGCUCCCUCGUUCCGCUGCACCGAUGCAGAGAAGGGGAACAAUCUGAUUCUUCACUACUACUCGGAGAGAGAAGGCCUGCAAGACAUUGUGAUUGGCAUCAUUAAAACUGUCGCUCAACAAAUCCAUGGGAAAGAGAUCGAGAUGAAGAUGAUCCAACCAAAAAGCGAGGAGUGCGACCACAUCAAGUUUCUGAUCGAGGAGAAGGACUCGGAGGAAGAGGCUUUCUACGAGGACCUUGACGGCUAUGAGGAGAACGGCACGCAGGAGACCCGGAUCAGUCCGUACACGUUCUGCAAGGCCUUCCCGUUCCACCUGAUGUUCGACAAAGAUCUGAUGCUCACACAGUGUGGCAACGCCAUUUAUCGAGUCCUGCCUCAGCUCCAGCCUGGCACCUGUAGCCUCCCAUCAGUUUUUUCUUUGGUCCGCCCUCACAUUGACUUCAGUUUUCAUGGCAUUCUUUCCCACAUCAACACUGUCUUCGUGUUGCGCAGCAAGGAGGGCUUGCUGAAUGUGGAGACUGUAGAGAACGAGGAUGAGCUAACAGGGGUGGAGAUCAGCUGUCUGAGAAUAAAAGGACAGAUGAUUUACUUGCCAGAAGCGGAGAACAUCCUUUUUCUUUGCUCACCCAGUGUUAUGAACCUGGAUGAUCUCACACGAAGGGGUCUUUACCUGAGCGACAUCCCGCUACACGACGCCACUCGUGACCUGGUGCUGCUGGGGGAGCAGUUUCGUGAGGAGUACAAGCUGACCCAGGAGCUGGAGAUCUUGACAGAUCGCCUGCAGCACACACUCAGGGCCCUGGAGGACGAGAAGAAAAAGACAGACAGAUUGCUUUAUUCUGUUCUGCCGCCGUCUGUUGCCAAUGAGCUGCGACACAAGCGACCUGUCCCAGCAAAGCGCUACGAUAACUUGACUAUCCUCUUCAGUGGCAUUGUGGGAUUCAAUGCCUUCUGCAGCAAGCACGCCUCGGCCGAGGGAGCCAUCAAGAUAGUCAACCUGCUCAAUGAUGUUUACACACGUUUUGACAUCUUGACAGACUCUCGGAACAACCCUUAUGUAUACAAGGUGGAAACCGUUGGUGAUAAGUACAUGACAGUGAGCGGCCUUCCAGAGCCAUGCACACACCACGCCAAGUCCAUCUGCCAUCUCGCUCUUGAUAUGUUGGAGAUUGCUGGACAAGUCAAAGUGGAUGAACAACCAGUACAGAUUACGAUUGGAAUCCACACAGGAGAAGUGGUGACUGGGGUGAUUGGCCAGAGGAUGCCCAGAUUUUGCCUUUUUGGAAAUACAGUCAACCUCACAAGUCGUACAGAAACCACUGGCGAAAAGGGAAAAAUACAUGUCUCAGAAUAUACGUACCGGUGUUUGCAGUCGGCGGAGAAUGCUGACCCUCAGUUUAAUUUGGAGUAUCGGGGCCCCAUCACCAUGAAAGGAAAGAAGGAACCGAUGAAGGUGUGGUUUCUGUCGAGGAAACGCACAGAGACACAGACCACCACAGUUAGUUAAAGCUCAGAUUCAAUAGUCAAACGCCACGACUUUCAUCUUACAGAAGCUUUAGUACAUGUAUAUAUUAAUUACACACAUUCUGAGGCAGAGAUGAGAUGGAUCAGUUAAAAUAAAAAAUAUAAUCUAUCCACAGCAACAGGGUUAUAUAUAUAUAUAUAUAUAUAUAUAUAUAUAUAUAUAUAUAUAUAAUAUGAUGAUCCUGUACCAUUGCUCUCCCAGCUUGUUUCUGCUUGACCAUGAUCUGUUGUGAUCUCACUGUAUUGUUUUAGCGUAGACACAGUAGUGAAGUAUUUUAUGAAUGAUAAAGGUAAAUAAUUUUCAAGUUUAAUACAUUUUUGGACUAGGUACUCUCUCACAUUGUUACUGUACAUGAAAAUCACGAAAGGUUUUGAUAUGCAAAAAAUUUUCAUCACUCUUAAAUAUGUUUAGUUGCUAAUUAUUUUAGAUACUGUAUUUUUUCUUGAUUGAGAAUUUAUAAUCUUCACACUAUCAGCCCAAAUAACUAUAAUGCAAAUAUAUACUUUAGUUUGAUAUCAUGUUUGUGUCAAAAAAUUACUGUCACCAACUGAUGGACCCAUUUUUUGUUCAUUGGCUGGGAGAGUUUUACACUAGCAUCAAAACCAUUACAAUAAAUACAAAUGUAGAUAUUAUAGCUGCAGCUACUGUGUUAAGAAUAGUUUAUUUUGUAUUUCUAUGUUUUUCAAAUGUCACAUAUUUUACAUGUUGAGCCAUUACCGUAUAAUCAGAUUAUACUGAUUGCAACUCUUUACUCACUUUUUGUCUGCUUUUAUGAAAUAAGAAGUAAUUUCAGUUUGAACGCUGAUGAGAUAUUCCUAAUGAGCUACAUAUUCAAAGUUAACAUUGUGUUAUUUGGUAUUUAUUCUUUUAUUGUCUUAACCCUUGUGUUGCCUUAGGGUCAUUUUGACCCGAAUCAAUAUUACACCCUCCCCCCGUUAGGAUUAAUUUGACCCCAUUCAAUGUUUAAUGUCGGUGUUCUUUCGGUAGUCAACAAACAAACAUAAAGUGCCUCACACUUAAACUUGGAAAACAAUAUUAAUUCUAAUAAUUUUCUGGAGGUUUUAAUUGAUGGCGUCAAAUUGAACCCAAAGGGUAAAAUAUGUUAGUAAAUAUAAAGGUAACAGGACGGUGAAACAUUGAAUCGGGUCAAAAUGACCCAAAGGCGGGGGGAGGGUGUAAUAUUGAUUCGGGUCAAAAUGACCCUAAGGCAACACAAGGGUUAAGAACUAGUAACUAUGUACACUUUAUUAUAGGUGGAAGUACUGUUUGUGCCUCUAUAAGUUUAACUAUGUGCUGUAUGUGUUGGAUACAUUUCUCAUUAGUAAAUGUAACACACUUUUUUCACCCUAUUUUUCCAAAGUCAUCAUUAUUUAACUUCAUAUAAUGUCCUUGUGAUUAAUUGUCUCCUCCAUGUAUAGCUUCCUGUGUACCACACAGGUGCUUCUUUGUCCUGUGCAAGAGCAUUUAUGUGCUUGUAAGACAUGGUUGUUUCUGCUGGGAGGUAAUACAACUUGAGAAAUAUUGGAUACUUAAUAUUUCUUUUGUACAUCACAUGCUUUGCUGUCAACUUACUAAUUGUGCCUCUUAUCAAGUCUACAUUGUACAGAUUAACUGCGACAGUAAUGCAUGUCUUUACUUUCACUGAAGACAUCAGCAAGUCGCUAAAAAUAAUAUAGAGCAAAGUCUUUGGAAAGAGCUCUCUCUGGUGGCUAUUCAGAAAAUUAACAUCCUGGAGACAACAUUCAUAAACGUCUUCAACAUGUCACUGCAUUUUUUACACCUUGCUUUUAUUGUUACAACACUUUGUUUCACUUUUAUGUAUAGCAUAUUUCUUUAAAUAAAUAAAAGGUUAUCACAGA